CCUGCGGUACUAAUGACGUAACACAUGCGACGGUCCCGUAGUAAUAUUUCACCCUGAAAUUGAAAAUUUGCACGAGAAAAGAUUUCUCGAUUUGGAGUUUUACAUCUGCGUGCUUCAAAAUGAGCGACGACGCGGACUCCCCUCCCGAGAGGGAAAUGAAGGACUUUCAGUUCCGACAGAUGAAAAAAGCCAAAGUUUUCGAACCUUCGGGAGAAAUGCCAAGGGAGCGUUCUAGCUUGCUCGCCAUCUCAAACAAGUUCGGCCUGACGUUCGCCGGCUCUGGCGAGAUGUUCAAGGUCUACCGGACGCAAGACAUCCUCGCCGCUGACAAACAGGACGGCACCUCCAACACGAUAGUUGAUGGAAUCGCAGCAUUGGUGGAGGUGAAGGUUGACUUAGCGCUGCAUCACAUAGCGCUCAGCAGUGACGAGCUUACAUUGUCUGUAUGCGGCGCCUCGGAGGAAGCCACGGUGUCUGUUAGCUUCUUCGACGUCCGCACCUUCGUGAACGAGACCCGACCGCAGAAGUUACCUUUCGCCUCGUGGCAACCAACCGUGCCCCCGGACACUCUGGUGCUGGACCUUAAAUGGAAUCCCACCCAGGCAUCCAUGUUGGCCGCUUGCCUAUCUGAUGGCACCUUGGUCAUAAUGGAGGUCAUUGAUGAUGUAAGAGUGCAGGCCGCUCUCCCCGCCUCCAGCGGCGUCACGUGUCUUUGCUGGAGCCCCAAAGGAAAACAGGUUGCUGUGGGGAAAAUGAAUGGCACCGUCAGCCAGUAUACCCCAGCACUAGAGGAAAAGAAAGUGAUCCCCUGUCCGCACUUUUACACUUCUGAUGACCCCGUCAAAGUUCUUGAUGUGUUGUGGUUGAGGACAUAUUCGUUUGCCGUGGUCUACGCUGCUGCCGAUGGCUCCCCCGAAACUCCACCUGAGCUUGUGUUGAUCACUAUCCCCAAAAAGGACGAAAAGGUGGAAACAAAGUACCUGAACUUCAGUGACACUGUGUACGGCUGCUGCACGGAGCGACAGCACCACUACUUCCUCAGUCACAUAGAAGACUGGAACCUUGUUUUGGCCGCGUCUGCAGCGUCUAUUGAAGUCAGCAUCAUAGCCAGACAAGAUGAUAAGAACUGGGAGCUAUGGAUGCUGGAGGAUGCUAGCAGGGCUGAGCUGCCUGUCUCCGAGACCAGUGAAGACACACUGCCCCUUGGUUUAGCCAUUGACUACACCAGCCAGCAGGAGAUCCGCAUCAGCGAUGAAAAGUCUUUACCCCCGGCUCCCACUCUGCUCAUGCUAUCCACUGAGGGAUUGCUUUGCCCAUUUGCACUGCUGAACCUCAACCCCGGAAUCAAGCAGCUGAUUACACCCUGCACCGCACUGACGACAGAGGGGGAGAGACCCCCCAAGCCAGGUUCUUUGGCAGUGCAGCUCCCCAAAUCUGCUGCACCUCCUGUGUCUGCCUUCCCAAACCUCGCCGUUACUUCAGUGGCCGCGUCAUCAUCUUCUACAUCUCUCUUUGGCCUUGUUCCUACACCUCCCACAUCAUCAUCAUCAGGCUUCACUUUCUCUAUCCCGCCCAUCAGUAGCAACUUGGCCCCUCCCACCUUUUCCCUGGGCUCAUCUACACCUAUUGGCUCCAGUGUCUCUGGCUUCUCAUUCGGUGCUGCCAAGCCUCCCACCGAAGCCGCUUCAGCGUUCUCUUUCAGCUCCCUCUCAAAUAAAGUUGCUGUCCCGAUGCCCCAGAACCUUGCCACUCCAUCAGUUCCUGCAGUCAAACUCAAUUUAAAUGACAGGUUUUCAGCAGUUGAAGCUCCAGCAGGUCCUCCACCGUCUUUCUCGUUUGUGACAUCAGUGCCUAAAAGUGUUGUCUCUAUUGGCACUGUGCCUGCUCUUGCCGCUGUCACCACAACCACCACCAAUCCCGUGACAGUCUCAACCCCGGUAACGCCAGUUCAAACCAGCACACCACCUGUAGGACUCCAAAAACCAUCCCCAGCUCCACAGGGCCGCAUCCAAACCCCACAGGCAGCUGAAGUCGGAGAAAAGCCGGUGGAGAAGCAGCAGUCUCCUCCAAAGAAAGAAUCUGAUCCCAUCAUGACGGGAAUACUAGAAGAGAUUUCACACUUCCAAAAGGAACUGGAGGAUUUUAAGGCAAGGAGCUCAAUGGCCGACUUUAAGGUUGGAAGCAACGAGGAGAUGAAGGAACUUAGAAAAGAGUCUGAGGAUCUGAACACUUUCACCCUGGAGAUAAAGGAAACCACAGAGUCUGUGUACAGCGACAUUGGCACGCUGAAGACCACUCUACUGGAGGGUUUUGCCGGGGCAGAGGAAGCCAAGUCCCAGAAUGAGCUCAGCAGGGACCGCAAUUACAGACAACUGCUGUACAAAAGACCCCUGGACCCACGCAGUGAAGAACAGCUCAGGGAGAUUCGCAGGCUCUACCAGUACGUCAUGUUCACUGUGGAGGACGUCAACGGUGUUCUGGAUGUGGAAUGGGAGAAACACUUGGAGAAGAAGAAAAAAAAGAAGCACAUGGUGGUGCCUGGGCGUGAAGGUCUGUUCACCACGCUGACCAACAACCUGUACAUCAUCAACCAGCAGAAGAACAGAUUGGACCAGCUCGUCAACAAGCUUACCUCACUGCAUCUCUACAAUAAGGCGGAUGCUCCCAUAGUCAACACCAACACAGCCAAGUCUGGAAAUAUUGAAACCGAAGUUGAUAGUUUGAGGGAUGCUCUGCUGAAGGCGCGGCUAGACACCACCUCUCCUAAGGCCAAAAGCCCAUCACCAGUCAAGAUAUCACCAGUUAAACAGUCCCAGCUGCGUAACUUCCUCUCCAAGGGGCACAUGCCUCCUGUUCGCUCAACUGCACCAGCCAACCUGUCUCGCUCGGUGUUCCUGUCACCCAAAUACUAUGAAGACCUGGAUGACGUGAGCUCCACUUCAUCCCUGUCGCAGUCCAUGGAGCCUCACCUACCUCACUUGGAGGUGGAGGAGGAAGAAGAAGAGGAGCUGCAGCCCGAGCACCUACCUUUGGCCACUAACGCAGCCCCUCCGUCGUACCCCCGACACCCCACCGUGGUGAGGACCCCCUCCAUCCAGCCCUGCUUCGGAGCCAUCCAGUCCACACCGUUGAGCAAAAUCCAAUCAGUGCCAGGCAUGGGAUUUGGGCUCAGCCCUAUUGCCAGCCCUAUUCCCAGCAAUAAGAUCAACCUGAGUGGCGCUGACAGCACAGCCCUUGCCACCAAGACAGUCAAGCAUGGUGCACCGCCUGCCGAGAGGACCGUGCCCGUUACCAUCCCAGCCCAGCAGGCUGCUGCCACGGCUGCCCUCCGUAGGCUGAUGGCAAAUCAGAAGACAGCCGUGAGCACCUCCUUGACAGAGUCCUCCUUGAAAACCGUGCCCCAAGUGGUCAACAUCCAGGAGCUGAAGGACAAAGGAGCUCCUGGUCAACCCUUGCCGUGUUCAUCAACAGAUCCAGCAGCUGUGCCGCAGCAGGUUCCUGCCACAACUGCAUCCAUCCUGCCUAAACGAAAUCCAGUCCUUGCACUGCAGAAGCCAACCAUGGAAAGCACAAGCACUCCUCAAACAAAUUUCAUGUUUGGUCAGUCUGCCAAAGCUGACUCAGCCGUUGUUCCUACCACCUCAGCUGAGUUGAAUAUCAGCAAAGGUUUCUCCUUCACUUCGACACCAUCAAGCUUCAGUUUUGCAUCAGUCACUCCAGCAGCUGGAAUACCACAAGUGAAAGAUGUGAGUGAGUUCUCCUUUGGUGGAAAAGCCAAGAUGACAUUUGGUCAGAUGGUGGAGGAGCCAUCAAAGUCCUCCUCUCCUGCCCUAAUUGCUGCUGCAUCGCCCACACAGCCUCCAUCAGCGGAAGCCCCUAUACCAGUUUCUACAAUAGCUUCUGCCAGGAUACAACCUCAACCCCCGAAAAUGACUGGAGGAGAAACUUUAGGCAGUUUCUCCGGGCUACGCGUUGGUCAAGGAGAAGAAGCUAUAGAUUCCUCUGCCAAAUCUACCCCUGCUAACAGCGCUUUCUCCUUUGGAGGGUCUGGAAUCAGCAAAGGAACUGUGCAGUUCAGCUUCGGGAGCGAUCGAAACUCUGCAGGAGAUUCUCUUGAAAGUGACUUGUCCAAGUCAAGUAGUUUGUUCAAACCUCCGGAGAGCACCCCAAAGAUAUCCUUCUGCGUGACCACGUCCAACACACCUGCCUCUGGGCUGCAUACGUCCUUCAGCAGUCUUCUUGCGGCCGCUGAACCAACGGAAGACCCCAAACCAGUCCCACAACCAUCAGAUCUCCCAUCGCAACCUGAAAAAAGCCCUUCUCCAGAGCCCUCCGUCAAGGGUGUCGCACCGUUAGAAACACCCAAGGCUUCACCAGAUGAAGUCACCGUUAAAGACCCUGAUCCAGUUCCAGAUGCUUCCUUUUCUGUCCCAGCAACGAAGGCAACUCCACCGGCUUCAGAAGUCGUUGUGGUAGACGCUACCCCGAAUGUCACGUCUGUUGCCCCUGUGGUUCUUGUCUCCCAAGUUGCCCCAGCGGUGUUUCAGGGCUCUGCUUCUGAGAAGCCCGGGUCCAUUUUCACUCAGCCCACAACAACGGAUAGCAGUUUGCCUACUGUAACAGCAGCCGUAAACGCAGCUGUUGUUCUUGCUGCGGUUUCUGCCACCACGACAGCUCCCCCCACAGUCAGCACAGCAACAGAUGACAAUCCCGCUUUUUCAGUCGCUUCUACCACCACAGUUUCCACUGUGUUUGGACAACCUUCCGCAACUCUUCCAGUCUCCACAGCCCCCUUAGUUUUUGGCUCUUCUAACUUCGGCACAUCAACUGCUAGCGGAUUCGGAAAGUCGGUUUUCGGUCAACCAAGUGCCUUUGGCCAGCCCACCAGCAACACGACAACACCCGGUGGCUUCUCUUUCGGACAGUCUGCAUUCGGCUCAAGCACCAAUGCUGCCACGACGGGAGGAGGCAGUCUUUUCGGAGCAUCCACGCCAAGCAACGCCAGUUCCUUUUCUUUCGGCACGAGCACAAAUGCCAACACGUCCAGCAGCACUGGCAGCGGAUUGUUUGGAAAGAGCACAACCUCCGCCUUUGGCCAGAGCUCCUCGUUUGGGCAAGGGUCUCUAUUUGGGAGCAACACCACCACAUCCUCCUCUACAGGGUUCAGCUUUGGUCAGCCAUCAGGUUUUGGAUCCUCUCCAUCUGGGUUUGGCCAGCCAGCUAACACGGGGAGUGUAUUUGGACGGCCACAGCAACCAUCGAGUGGAGGUCUGUUCAGUUCCAACGCUAACAGUGCUGCAGGUUCACCAGGCGGCAGCCUCUUCAGCGGCCUGGGAGGCAAGCCGAGUGAAGAUGCCGCCAACAAGAAUCCAUUUGCUCUGGCUGCUUCCUCUGGGGCGUUUGGGCAACCUGCUCAGACUGGUACCCCCAGUCUCUUUGGUAGUACUACAGCCAAACCAAUGGGAUUUGGACAGGCCUCCUUUGGGGAACAGAAACCCAGUGGGACCUUCAGUUCUGGUGCAGGGACUGUUGCUUCGCAGGGCUUUGGAUCCUUUGCCAGCCCGACAAAACCAGGUGGAUUCGGCAGUGCACCGGUAUUUGGGAGUCCCCACGCCUUUGGAACUUCGCCCUCUUUUGGUGCUAGUGCGGCAUUCAGUGCCAGUCCCUCCUUCAGUAACACCAUGGGCUCCUCCGCCGGGAAGGUGUUUGGAGAGGGAACGGCCGCUUCCAGUAUGGGCGGAUUUGGUUUCGCUUCGUCAUCCGGCGCAUCGUCCUUUGGAGCGCUAGCCAAUCAAAGCCCCCAGCCAUCAUUCGGGAGUCUGGCCCAGCAGGGACCUAGCUUUGGGGCUCAGCCAGGUGGCUUUGCAGGCUUUGGACAGCAGCCACAACCUGGAGGCUUCUCCGGCAAUACCUUUGGCUCCACAAACCAAUCCGGCUCCCAAACGUUUGCCGGUUGGAGAAGCUAAUUGUACUGAUGCUCCACAAGCUCACAAUUCGACUGAACUUUUCUCCUUUCUCGCUCUUUUUUUUUUUUAAUGCCACCUUAAGGGAAAGUUGUACAAUUUUACGACAAAAGUUUUACAUCCUUUUCAUUGAUUAAAACAAUGUCACAAUGUCAAAAACGU